GAAUGUAACAAUAUUAUGAGAAGGAAGUUACUACUCAGCACAAAAGAAAAUAGUAAAGAAGCUUUAAUUAUGAGAGUCUUUUUGUUGUGCCUAUUUGCAACUCAGCACCUCUGCUAUAUGCAGAGUAAUGAGUUUCGAAGGAGGAUGUGGCGUGCUCAAGAAUCUUGUUCAACAUUUGAGAGACAGCACGAAUAUCACAGGAGUCCCAGGGACAGAAGUGUUGGGCCAGAUCAGAGGUGCAGCAGGUACCGAAGCAGGAGUGUAGGGCCCGAGCUAGGGUAUCAAAGGACAUAUGACACUGAUUCAAGAAGGAAUACAAACAGUGGAGAAAACAAGCUAUUCUUCAAACAGAACAGUCAAAAAAUCCACUCCAGCUGUUCAGACUAUACAGAUGUGGGUGAAAAGAGAGAGAGAAAUAUCAGACGUGGAAAUGAAUGGAGAACAGGAUCAAAUCUGUGUAACGAAAAUGGGUAUAAAACUAAGCAGAAGGCUCAUUCUGAAAUGCGCCAACCAAGAUCUAGGAAAAGAAAGGGUUCUGUAUCUCCUGCUAAAAACACUGACUCUGCCAUAGAUGGAAUAAAGAAAAAAAGGAGGAAUGCUCGUAAACGGGCAAAAAUAAAAAGGAUUGCCUGUGAGUCAUCUGUUAUGCCAAACAGUGAUAGUGCUUCUUCCAGUACUCACAAAUCACCGUAUAUUCAAGAAAACCGAAUCGGAGAUGACCCCAUUACACAGAUUACUAGAACUGUAUCUAAUUUUGCAGAAGAAACACCAAGUUCUGUUACGAGGAAUGGAAAUGAUCAGAGUGCCAGCAGAAAUUGGCAGUUAACACCAUUUGAGGAUAUACCAUUAAACAGAAGUCUUACUCCUUUAAGUGGUAUUACAAGAACGGUGUUAAAUGCAAAUGCAGAGAGAACACAUAGUCAUAAAGGCCCACCUGGAAGAUGAGUCGGCUGCCAAGGACGAACAACAAAACCAGCGCAACUGCUCAGAAGUCAACAUACCUGGAAUACAACACAAUUUAAACUAAAG